CAUUUUUCAAAUCUUAAAGACUCACAGAUCCUGAGCUGGACAGAAGUCCAAAUCCUGAAGGCUCUCUACAGAAUCCAGGUUGCUGAAUCUGCCCUACUGCCUAGAGAGGCUCCAAACCACCUCCUGACUAUGGGAAACUGGGUGGUUAACCACUGGUUCUCAGCUUUGUUUCUGGCUGUUUGGCUGGGGCUGAAUGUUUUCCUGUUUGUGGAUGCCUUCCUGAAAUAUGAGAAGGCCGACAAGUACUUCUACACAAGAGAAAUCCUUGGGCCGUCGUUGGCCUGUGCCCGAGCCUCUGCUCUCUGCUUGAAUUUCAACAGCAUGCUGAUCCUGCUUCCUGUGUGUCGCAAUCUGCUGUCCUUCCUGAGGGGCACCUGCUCAUUUUGCAGCCGCACACUGAGAAAGCAAUUGGAUCACAACCUCACCUUCCACAAGCUGGUGGCAUAUAUGAUCUGCCUGCACACAGCUAUUCACAUCAUAGCACACCUAUUUAACUUUCACCGCUACAGCAGAAGCCGACAGGCCACAGAUGGAUCCCUUGCCUCCAUUCUCUCCAGCCUAUCUCAUCAUGAAAAAGAGGAGGGUCCUUGGCUAAAUCCCAUCCAGUCCCCAGACAUGACAGUGGAGUAUGUGACAUUCACCAGCAUUGCUGGGCUCACUGGAGUGAUCAUGACUAUAGCCUUGAUUCUCAUGGUAACUUCAGCUACCAAGUUUAUCCGGAGGAGUUAUUUUGAGGUCUUCUGGUAUACUCAUCACCUUUUCAUCUUCUAUAUCCUUGGCUUAGGGAUUCAUGGCAUUGGUGGAAUUGUCCGGGGUCAAACAGAGGAGAGCAUGAAUGAGAAUCAUCCUCACAAGUGUGCAGAGUCUUUUCAGAAGUGGGAUGAUCAUGACUCCCACUGCAGGCGUCCCCGGUUUGAAGGGCACCCCCCUGAGUCUUGGAAGUGGAUCCUUGCCCCAGUCAUUCUUUAUAUCUUUGAAAGGAUCCUCCGGUUUUAUCGCUCCCAGCAGAAGGUUGUGAUAACCAAGGUUGUCAUGCACCCCUCCAAAGUUUUGGAAUUGCAGAUGAAAAAGCGCGGCUUCAGCAUGGAAGUGGGACAAUAUAUCUUUGUUAAUUGCCCCUCCAUCUCUCUCCUGGAGUGGCAUCCUUUCACUCUGACCUCUGCUCCAGAGGAAGACUUCUUCUCCAUUCAUAUCCGAGCAGCAGGGGACUGGACAGAAAAUCUCAUAAGGGCUUUUGAACAACAGGAUUCAUCAAUUCCCAGGGUUGAGGUGGAUGGUCCCUUUGGCACAGUCAGUGAGGAUGUUUUCCAGUAUGAAGUGGCUAUGCUGGUUGGAGCAGGAAUUGGGGUCACCCCCUUUGCUUCCAUCUUGAAAUCUAUCUGGUAUAAAUUCCAGCGUGCAGACCAUGACCUCAAAACACAAAAGAUCUAUUUCUACUGGAUCUGCAGGGAGACUGGUGCCUUCUCCUGGUUCAAUGACCUACUGACCUCCCUGGAACAAGAGAUGGAGGAAUUAGGCAAAGUAGGUUUUCUAAACUACCGUCUCUUCCUCACCGGAUGGGACAGCAACAUUGCCGGUCAUGCAGCAUUAAACUUUGACAAGGCCACUGACAUUGUGACAGGUCUGAAACAGAAAACCUCCUUUGGGAGACCAAUGUGGGACAAUGAGUUUUCUACAAUAGCCACCUCCCACCCCAAAUCUGUGGUGGGGGUUUUCUUAUGUGGUCCCCGGACUUUGGCAAAGAGCCUGCGCAAAUGCUGUCACCGAUACUCCAGUCUGGAUCCUAGGAAGGUUCAAUUCUACUUCAACAAAGAAAAUUUCUGAAUUAUUGGCAUAAGGACAGGAAUCUGCAUUUUCUCUCUCCUUUGCAUCUUCAGUAAUUUACUUGGUCUGGUCAGCCACUUUAGGAUAAUAUUGUGCCUCUCAAGCCUUGACUCCCUAGCAUUCUUUUUUUGAUUGCAUUCAACUUUGUUAACUUGAGCUUCACCAACCUAAGAACUUCAGAAAUCACAAUUAUUGCAAAAUCUAUGAAUCCUUUCUUGGGAAAAUAACUGUAAAUCCUUCUGGAAAGCCAUGACUGCAGCGAAACUUGAUAGCAGAGCUUUGGUGGUUGACAGUUACACAAUUCAACCCCAGGUGAUUAUGUCGAUUCCAAGUGUUAGCAUCCCCUGGACUUUGGUUUGUAAUCU